AUGAGCACUGAGUGAGCUGCCCACCUGCCAGGAAGAGAAUUCCAUCAUUCCGCACAUUCUUGCUGCUCAGCUGCUGCUGCGGAGAGGAGCUUCCCGGGGCCCCGCCGCCCAGCACCCAACGACCCACAGGGGUCCCCCCGCACUCAGCGACCCACCGAGGCGCCCGCCGCCUCCAACCCAGCAACCCACAGGGGUUCCUCAUCAUCCCGCAUUCAGCACCCCAACGGGGCCACACCUGCUCCCACGGACCCAGCAAGUCACUGAGGUCCCCCCUGCCACCCACCGCCGCCCCGCACCGGGGGCCCCUGCGGCCGGUCAUUCACCUCUUAUCACCAGCUGGGAACCUCCUAGAGCUGCCGGGACCUGUCCCCUUCCAAUAUAGCUGACUGGGGUCAUACGAAUCCGCUCUGGAUUACCAGCCUUGUGGAUCUCCAGAUCCUCCCUGUAUCACAACCCAGCAUUGGGUCCCCCCAGCUCAUCACUACACUACAGGCUCCAAAAGGUUGGAUUCAUAAAAAGUUGCUGCUCUGGGUCUUCCCAGGAAUGGAAACUCCAUUAGACGUUCUGUCAAGAGCGGCUUCCUUAGUACAUGCAGAUGAUGAGAAACGUGAGCUGGAACUGCUUCCUUCGCAGCACAUAAUCUCCUUUGUGGACCUGGAUUAUGCAAUAGUAAAACUUUGGCAUAGUAGAAGUAACACAAUGCCAGGAGAAGCAGCAUUACGGAGUGAUCCCAGAAUGCAGCCUCUCCCGAUGUCUGCUACGCUCACUAAUCAUCGGACGGGCCCGCCACCUAUCAGCCCCAGCAAGAGGAAGUACAGUAUGGACCAAGGAGAUGAUGACUUAGACUGUGAAAAUGACCACGUCUCCAAAAUCAGCCGAAUGUUUCCACCUCACUUAACCAAGGCUCUCAAUGGCGAUUACAGAAAAGAUCCGCGAGACAGAAGUCGCAGUCCCAUAGAGCGAGCAGCCGCUCCAACCAUGAGUUUACAUGCAAGUCAUAUGUAUGCCUCAAUUCCAACCAUCAUGGAUCAACCUCUAGCACUCACCAAAAACAGCGACCUUUCCAGAAGCUUGGGGCUCACCCCAAACAUGGGCCCUGUGGAACGCCAGCAGAACCGACCAUCGGUGAUAACCUGUGCCCCGGCAAGCAACCGUAACUGCAACCUGUCUCACUGCCCAGUCGCACAUAGUGGUUGCGUCUCAGCUAUGCCAGCAAAUUUCAGGCGGCCGUCAAACACUACAACUGCCUGUGAUCCUGUGGUAGAAGAACACUUUCGUCGGAGUCUCGGCAAGAACUACAAAGAACCAGAGCCCGUGACAAACUCUGUGUCCAUCACCGGCUCAGUGGAUGAUCAUUUUGCCAAGGCGCUGGGAGACACCUGGCUCCAGAUCAAAGCAGCCAAGGAUGGAGUGUCCAGCAGCCCCGAAUCCGCCUCUCGAAGGGGCCAAUCCUCUCCUUCCUCUCACAUGGUCAACCAUAAUCACUCCCCAUCUGUACUGUCAUAAAGAGAAUCUCUGCGAGAUCAGAAGCGGCUGCUUUCACUGGGCUUUGAAGAUUAGUGUAAUGAGCAGAGUUACUAUUAUUUCUCCUGUUGUUGUUGCUUGGCCACGAAGUGGAUGCCUCUAGAAAAGAAAAAAAACCUUAUAGCGGGAACUAUUGUUCUUUUUUUUUUAAUUAUUAUUAUUGUAAUGUAGCAUCUUAACUUCCUGCCUCUGUUACCAAAGAACCUCUAAUGCAAGCCUGCUACCCACUGACUGACCCACCUUAAAAACCCAUUCACAUUGCAUUACACCAGUUGGUAGAUCCACAUGCUUUUGCUUACCAGCUUCUAGAACUAGAGCGCUGUCUCUCUUCUUUUUUUUUUUUUUCUUCUUUCUUCCAUCCCCCUGUUGAGUAAUAUUGUAUGUAUUUACUUGAAAAGAAUUGUCAUGUCUGAUUUGCACUAUUAACAGAGGAUCAAGACUUCACGCUAAAAUGUAGAGGGCAAACUGCAAACAUGUAGGUAUUAAAGUUGUAUCCGUCUCCUACAUCGAUUGAAAGUAGCCAUUUUGGUGGCUGAAUUAGUACCUCUAGUGGAGGCGGCCAUUUUUUGUUCUAAACUAGUGCAUGUAACAGAGGCAGUUGCUUCCUGGGUUGACUCCAGUAUACAGCCUACGAGCUCACUAGGAGUUGGUGACCUCACAGGUGUUCUUCAGUGAUGUUAUUUGUUCUUGGGGAAUUGAUGCGCUGCACUGACAAGAAUAUUUGUUGAGCUCACAAAAUGGCUGUUGUGUGUAGGAGACAGGUCUACUUUAGGUUCCUAUUAAAAAGGUAGGUCUGGAACAAAAAGUAUAGGCAAGGCUGGUGUGUCUCUUGCAACUGGACUGCAAAUCAUUGAGAAGACAAGACACCAGCAAUCUACUGUCUUUGCAGUUUGCAGGAGUAGAGUGCGGAAAGAGUUAUAGUGCGCUAAGUGCAUGUUUCAUGAAAAUAAAAUAGCUGGUUACUAUUAAUUUUGCGAUGAGUAGAGAUCGUAAUACUUAUUAUCCUCUUCAGAUUUAGUUUAUUUUUCAGUAUAGUCUUAUGACAUACUUACUGCUGGUACAGUUGUACUCAUGUAAUAUUUUAUUUGGUGUUCACUAUUUGCGGUAACCAGCUAGAGCCUCAGGACAGGCGUUGGUAAAUCGGUUAAUUAAUUCUGAUAAUGUGUGGUACAGGAUGCUGUGUGUCUAUGGUAAGCAAUUGGUGUAGUUCCCUUUUUGUUUUUGUGUUAUGUCUCUAGUUUGGCAGAGGAAUGGCAUCAGAUUAUGUAAAGACACGUCCCGUGUGGCUGUCAGUCUAAUCUGUUGUUUGAGAUUGCGGAUUGAGUCUGAAGCUUUGCAUAAACCUGUAAAUUAUUUACAUUCCUCUUAAUCGAAAAUCUAUCUUACUGUAGGUUACCUAAACAAAAUCAAUAUUACAGUAUUUUGCUAGUUCGAAAAUCACUCUUAACCCGAAAGUAAAAAACAAAAGCAAAAAUAAUCCUUUUAUUUGUCAAUUAUAUAUAACUUGCUUGUCUUUUCCCUUUUAUGUGUGCCAUCCAUACAUUCCAGCCUCCCAGUAAAAAUGUAGAACUUUAAAUACAAGUGUGUAUGUAUAUAAUACACAUAUUACUGAUUUAUUUCUAGAGUGCAGGAGUGAAUUUAUUGGUAGAAAAUUUAAAUAUCCAGCGCCCCGCCCCAGUGCCCCAAUCUAAGCUGCUCCAUAAAAUUGUAUAAACCAUAAUGUCAUCAUCUGGCUGUCAUACAAUCUACACUAUCCCCAAUUCAGACAUUUCACUACUAUGUUACUGGGUAGCCAAUGCAUAAGUGUUUAGCAUUCAGUGUAGGAAAACAAAGAAAAGAAAACAAAAAAAAAAAGAAAACAAACUUUUAAAUGAACACUUUUUUUUAUAUAGGUAACUUUAAGACCAUCAUUACGCUGUGCGUAAAGAAUGUACAGAACAAUUUGUAGGUAUUUUUUUUGAAGAACAAUUAAUUUGUUAAUGAUAUGUAGCUAUUUAAUUUGCUCCCUUUAAUUGUAAUCAUACUGUGUUUCGUUUGUUUUUUUGGUUGUCUGGAAUAAAAGUUUUUAUCCUUGUUUUUUCCCCCCCUUGUUUAGAUGUGUCUGUAAUACAGUGAUGUGCAGGUACACUUGUAUUGUAUGGAAACGCAUUAAUAUUGGAUAGCCACUAGUGUGUUGUUGUUGUUGCUGCAGUCUACUGAGUGUUGCAGGGAUCUGGGAUAUGGAGGUGGACUUUGUGUAAAGUGAACACAUUACUGUUUGUUAUUCUGGACGAAUGGUUAAAAAAAAAUUGAAACAAAAAAAAUUCUAAAAUUUAAAUCCAUAUUUCAUGUCCAUGUCAAACCCACAGACUAAUUGCAGUGUUUUUUUUAUUUUUGUGAAUGUCCUGGGUAAAAAGAGCAAUUGGGCCACUCCAGUUGUGCAGAAAAUGUGACUUUUAUUGAAACAAUCUCAAAUUUGUGUAUAUAUACGAAGGAGGCUCCUAACAUGGUUAUGUUGCCCCAUCUUAGAUGGGUGGCCAAACGAUACACUUAAAUAAACACAAGCACUCAGAUGACAGUUUUGUUGUUGUGUUGUUUUAUUAACCCCAUAAUGCAUUGUAUCGAUGUGCGCUGGUUAUAUAUGUACUAUCCAUCCUCACAUUGUGUCAAUUGGUCUCUUAUUAAUUGUUGAUGAUGUAUUUGUGUAAUGUCACUGGUUCUGCUACACAGAAACAAACUCUCCUAGCUGGCACUGUAUUAGACUACUACACAGUUUGUUGUGUAAAAAUAAAACUCACAUGGCUAAUAUGCCAACUAGAGAACACCCUGAAUAUAUUUAUAUUGGGAGGACUGAGGGAAGGGGGGUACUUUUAUCCCCCCUCAUUUUGCUAAAUUGUUACUGAAACAUUAGCAGAAAAUCUGGAGGUGCUUUUUGCACAGGGAAGGAAAGAUGUCAAUAUUUUAAGCCCCUCUACUCCCAUUUGUCAAAUGAACAAUCUGUUUUUAAAGUCCAUUUUUCAUGUCUUCUCAUGAGCAUUGGAGCAGCCAUUUUGUUUAUGGAAUAACAAUACAGACCAUUGACUAGCAGGCUAAAUGGUGACAGUCUUUUAGGAUGACUGUUAGUCUAGCAUACAGAAUGGCUGACUCAACUGUUAACUUUAGCAGGUUAACUUUAAAUCCAUCUUUCACCAAUUGUUUUACCGUAUAAGGAACAAAGAAACAAGAAUUUGGGGCUGAAAGAUUAAUGUGUACUUGAAACCAGCGAUAAACAAAAAUAAAAGAUACAAUAAAUAAGGUCUGUGUUUCCACCAGUGGAACGAUCUUUUUCCAACAUUUCCAUGUUUGUAAAUCUGUAAUAUAGUAUUCUGUUGUGGCCUUUGUUUCGUCUGGAAACAGAAAUAAAAUAAAAUAAAAAAAAAAGUUUGGCAGGCCAUCUUUUUUUUUUUUUUGUACUUAAAAGUAGCCUUAAAGAACAAUAAAGUGCUCUUAAACCACA